CUAGGCCUGCUGGGAGAGGACAAGGAGGAGGCCCUGCCCCUCCAAACGUGGCCUCCUAUGGACACCAAGACUCACAGCCUUCCUAUCACCCACACCCAGCUCCAUAGCAACUCUCGGCCCCAAAGCCGCACCUGCAGCCCAUGCACCUGUACCCGCCACUGCCAGACCUUCAGCCAGAGUUGCAGACAGAGCCAGCGUGGCAGCCGGAGCAGGAGCUCCAGCCAGAGCCCAGCCAGCUACCGUAACCUAACUGGAGCCCACAGCUCAUCCGGCUGCCAGAGCCACAGUACCAACGCCAGUCCACCACCAAAGUGCCACAAAAAGACUAUGAACUCCCACCACUCUCCCAUGCGGCCCACCAUCCUGCGCUGCAGCUGCCCCAAGAACAGAAAGAACUUGGGAGGCAAGCUGAACAAGAAAAAAAUGGCCAAGAGGAUCCAGCAGGUGUACAAAACCAAGAAGCGGAGCUCAGGACGGAAAUCCAACUAAUGAGACCACACUCCUUGGCUUGUUCCUGCGUGUUCCACCCAAAUGAGAAAAUGCUAGGAUGAGAAAAUGCUAGGAUGAGGUCAAUCUUCUUGCAGGAACAUGCUACUAUGGUGAUUUCUACGCAACACUAAUUAAAGCUUGUACCUGGAAGACUA